GAAGUGCAGAGCAGAGAAGAGCGGGUGGCCAGGCGUUGGCGGCGGUAGCGGCCAUGGAUCGCGCAGAGGAACCUCUGUCCGCGAGGCCGGCGCUGGAGACCGAGAGCCUGCGAUUCCUGCACGUCACAGUGGGCUCCCUGCUGGCCAGCUAUGGCUGGUACAUCCUAUUCAGCUGUAUCCUUCUCUACAUCGUCGUCCAGAAGCUCUCCCUCCGACUGAGGGCUUUGAGGCAGAGGCAGCUGGACCAAGCUGAGGCUGUUCUGGAACCCGAUGUUGUUGUUAAGCGACAAGAGGCUUUAGCAGCUGCUCGUUUGAGGAUGCAGGAAGAUCUAAAUGCCCAGGUUGAAAAACAUAAGGAAAAACUAAGACAGCUUGAAGAAGAGAAAAGGAGACAGAAAAUUGAAAUGUGGGACAGCAUGCAAGAAGGCCGAAGUUACAAAAGAAACUCAGGAAGGCCUCAGGAAGAAGAAGAAGAUGGUCCUGGACCUUCUACUUCAUCUGUCAUCCCCAAAGGAAAAUCUGACAAAAAACCUUUGCGAGGAGGUGGUUAUAACCCUCUGACGGGUGAAGGGGGUGGAACCUGCUCCUGGAGACCUGGACGCAGGGGCCCGUCAUCUGGUGGAUGAAACUAAGAUUCUUGUUAGUGUCACUUUGACAUUAGCAAGGUGAACCUAUAACCCUCAACUCAAUUGCCUUACGCACACUUUCACAGUGACUGGCCAAGGAGAGGUGGGGCUUAUUUCUGUUCUAAACUACUCGUAUUUUAAGGGCUUUGGUCAGCAUGAGAUAUAGACAUUGCCAUUAGGCCACACUCUAGACGAGACAGCCAUUGGUUUCAUGGCUACUUGCUAGUUGGUAGAUUGAAGGCUUCUUGCUGUUUAGCAGACUUCAUAAAGGAGGCCCAGUGAUGAUCCUUUGGGGUAGAAGUCCUUGCUGACAGGAUGGUCUCUGUGACAGGAUGCGUUGAAUGAUGUCUUCCUUAUAAACGGUGAGCCCACCAGUGAGGAUUACUGAUGUACACAGUUGAUGGGGUUUGCUUCUGUAUAUUUAUUUUAUGUACAGAACUUUGUAAAAAAAAAAAAAAAAGUUAAAUACGUAAAAAGUAACAUUUUUAGCAUCUUUAUUAAACUCAAGGAAAUUUCUUUGUGAGCUUGACUUUGUCUGUCAGACAGUAAACAGCUUCAUAUCAUUCACAGUCUCCAAUUAUUUUUCUUAUUUCUCAUGGCCAGUGGCAGAUGGUUGGUGGUUUUAAAGUUGACAGACUCCUUGGGGUUCAGCUGCUACAUUGGUAGGAUACAGCAUCAUCACAGCAGGCUGUGGUGGUGCACACCUAUAACCCAUAUGCUAGGGCCCGAGGAUACCUGCACAUUUGAGGCUAGCCUGAGCUCUGUGGUGAGUUCCAGGCUCACCAGAGCUAUCUAGUAAGACCCUGCUGAAGGAAACACAAGUACAUUUUUAAUAAACUGCUAAAACAUAUUUAAAAGAAAACAGGCCUGUAGGAGUUUGCCUGUAAAUACUUCAGACAUCGGGGGAGAGCCAGUCUGGCCUAUGUAGCAAAACCUCAUCUUGUAAAAAAAAAAAAAAAAGUUAAAUACGUAAAAAGUAACAUUUUUAGCAUCUUUAUUAAACUCAAGGAAAUUUCUUUGUGAGCUUGACUUUGUCUGUCAGACAGUAAACAGCUUCAUAUCA